AUGGUUGUCGACUUGUUGUCCCUCUGUGUCGUCCCUCUGUCCGUUGGCGCGCUUUUCGUGGCGGCGCUGUGGAUCUGUUGCGGCGCGCGAGGGAACCCGCCCAGAGAACCGCGCGCUGAGAUUCCUCUGCGGAUUGACACAGGUUCAUCAUGCUCUCCCACAGCGAGGCAGAGGUUGUAUGAUUUCACCCUGGGCAGAAUAUGGAAAUCCUUACCGGACGUGGGGGAAGUGACUGUCCCUGGCAAGUCGGUACCUCACGUGUCUUCUGCUGGGAGCAGCAGAGACGACUGGAAAACUGUGCCAUCGAGACCAGAUACUAUAUUCUUCAUGGAGCAGCCACGUAUUGAUCGUAUUGAGAUGAACUUGAAACACAAGCGAAUUGAAAACCAGUGGGGAGUGGUUACGAUGUAUAAAAAGUCCAUGGCUUUGAUGAUCCCUAAAGCUCCACCUCUGCCACCUCAAAUUAAACCCUCUGGGGCUCCAGUGAUUUUCGAGGCUGUUGACACUCCAUUCCUUUCCAAAGAGGUCAGAGACAAUCUGGAGUUUCAUGUUAAGCGUAAAAAGCUGCAGCAUCAGUGGGGUCUGCCGAUGAUGGUACAGGAGUCGCUGAACGCAUUUAUUCCACCAGCACCAAAACUCAUUAUAAGUGAAUUACAUCCCAAGCCACAAUAUCAAAUAGUUGUAGAGUUGAGUGACCUUGAUUUUAUCAGCGAAACGCAUAGGAAGACUGUGCAAGAUAACAUCAAGAUAAAGAUAAUGCAGAGAAGAUGGGGCCUUGCAAAGUUUGCGAUGGAGUCCAUUCAGAAAUUUCCACCACCUGCAGCAAUAGCACACGACUUGAAAGAAAUAAAAGAAAAAGAUGGUUUGACUAAUACCGAUCAUACAGAGAAAGAAAAAGAGGAAAAGAAAAUUAUUGAAGGAAACUCAAAACUGGCAAUGGGCAUUGACAUCCCACAAAAGACAGGUUCUGAGAAGUCGGAUGCUGAACUGGACUCUGCUGCAGGCGAUGUAAAAAAUCCUCUGGAGCGACAUCUACUGCUGAGACAGGGUCAUUUUAAAGAGCAUUAUCUGCCACCGAUUGUGGAGAAAUCCCUGGAGCUGUGCAGACCUCCUCGUGCUCCUCCUCUCCCUCCAGUGCUGUCUCAGAAAACAGAUCCUGAUAUCCAGCCCCAGUGCUCCAGCUCAGGUCUCAAAGCGCAUGUAGGAGAUGUUAACAAAAGCACAUCUACCACAGAUGUUGAGACCAGGGUUCCCUGUAGAAAAGAGAUGAAGGGGAAACUGGAGUUCCACCUGAUCAAACAGCUGCUGAGCCAGCUACUGAAUCAUCCCUACCCUGGCAGCGACUUCCACGAGGCUCCAGAGCUUCCACAUUCCCUGAAGCACGGCCGCUGUACCUGUUGUGAUUAUCCGUACGACAGGGUCACCGUGUCUGACGAAAUGGGUCCAGCCGAUCAGGAGGGGUCAAGUUCCGAGGAAGCCAGCGAACCGUCUGUGAUCACGAAAGACUUGCACCCGUCGCUGGAUUCAUUAAAGGAACACCUUCAGGCGCACCUGUUGCAAAAAAAAUUCAUGGACUGUGGACUUUUACCGCACUGCGCUUUAAAGUCCCAUACAAAUUAUGCGCAGGCAGAGAUGGAAAGGGAAAGGUCGACGGACCAGGCCAUACGCACAAAGCUGAGUGAUAAAAUGCAAAAGCGCAGGAAGGAAAUCGUGGCUGGUAGGAUGCCAGAAAGGAAGGGAUCUCAAGAUGAUCAGCUAGAGGAGGGGAGGGAAAUAGCAUCUGGAAAAUCCCCAAGUAGAUGCGAGUUAAAAGCUGGAGAAAAAAAGCAUCCUGACUCUGAUCGAAGAGUGGGAUUCGCUUCAAUGCCCAUGUGCAAGACAACGGUGUGUCACACGUCUCCCAACAAUAACCUGCAGCACAAAAAUCCUGUUGAGGAGUCAGAAAUCAACCCGCUGCCGCCCGCCACUGUCCCGGAAGAAAAGCAGCGUAGGAGGAGUCGUCCAAAAGAGGUCACUUGUUCCCGCGAUCCUCUCCCAGAAGGACUCCAAACGUAUUCUGCUGAAAUAUACGUUCGUGUUCACAAAAUAGCUGGUGGGUCGAGGAGGACGUCUCAACAUAAAACUCCAGACCGAGCUUCACCUCCACGAGCAGGCCGACAGAGAACAGGCGUGCUGAAAGAAAAGACGAGUGCCGAAACCAAAUCGAGAACUCCCAAAAAUCAAACAGAGGAAACUCUGGCAGCUUCCAGGCCAGAAAUCCAGGGCUACUACUACUGCAAUUCUGAAGAGAAGGAGCCGGUGACUCACGAGUCGUGUGCGUUUGCCCCUGAUUCCUUAGGCCGUUCUAGGGAAGGAAAGCAGAGAGCCAGCAAGGAGGGAAGCACCAGAGAAAGACCCUCAAGAACCCACAAGCAUGAGCGAUCUUCCUCCAAGACGAGACGGUAUCGGAAUGGAUAUUCAGAUGAUGUCAACGUACAGGGAGUCAUGCACGUCAACAGCAUUGGUGAUGACCGGAUACCCUCCCGAAAGAAAUGCUACAAAAAAAGGAAGGGAUCCAGAUCCAAGGAACAAAGGCCAACUUCCAGCUCAGAAGAGGAGGGCAGGCCUGUCCAGAGACCCCGGAGGAAAUCUAAGUCCAGGAGAGAAGAAAGGGGCAACACUGGCCCUCACGAGCCGCCGUGCUUCUCAGGUGACAGAAACGUUCUCAAGUACCAUAAUAGGAUGGGUGCCGAUCAGAGAAAGCGGAGCUCUGAAAAAGCUCCAAAAUCUACAGUCACUGAGAUCCAUUUAAUUUACAAAACGGAAGAACAGGCUCAGGUGGAGAAGCCGCCGAGGAUCAAGGAGUGGUUCCAAUCCUUUUGGAUGUCCAGCAAACAAAGAGUGACUCAGCCGGGGGGUGGGGCAGGGGUCUGA